AUGAUAAAUAAUAAACCACCACUCUCUCUUUAUCCCAUUUGUUAUGAAGAUCACGAUGAAUUGGAGGUUCUCCUUAUUGGUUCUAAGCCUUCAUUCAUCACAUUCGAGAAAACUGGGGAUAAAGAUAUUGAAGUGGGAAUGGAUGACGAAAAUAAAAUCGUAACAUUAUUGUUUCACAAUGCAAGUAGCAGAUUGGCGAAAACAUUACCAGAGAACGAGAGAGACAAACUUGCAGAAGAAGCGAGGUUGAGAUCAUUGGAAAAUGCAAAAUGGGAUCGUUUAUUAUUAAACAAGCAAGAUUAA